ACCACGGUUUAGUAGAUAUUCUGCAGCGCGAGGCAGCCGUAUGUGGUUGAGUAAAGUCAGACUUUCUGGGGUUUUUUGCCCUAACUCGAUAGUUUUGGUUUCCAGAUUGCAGUCGGACGCUUUUAACACACUUUUGACUCAUUUUGUAACAUACCACGUGACGUGACGUCGUACAGGAAUCCGUUUCCCCCUCGUUACAGUUAGCCCGCCUUAAACAGAGAUUGCUCGAGCUGAUCAUUGUUUUAGGGCGCUAGCUGCUAACGAAACAACAAGGCAGGGGCGGCGCGUGCACGGCGCCCGCGUGACACGUACCGGUUCUGCUGUGGUUCCGAAAGGACGUUCUCUCUGGGUUUGUUCAGAUUCUGACCGGACUUUUCUAUUGACAGACCCGCGUCCACCAUGCUCCCGCUGCUGUCGGCUCGUGUCACGUGGUGAGGCGGGUCAAAGGUCACACUGGAGUAGCCCUCACCUGAACAUGGACCUGACUGCUGCUCCACGCUGAAGCAGAGCAGGGGGGCACUUUGGAUCAGAGAGGGACAUGGAUCUGAAGAAGGACGAUGUGGUGGAGGAUGGAGGGGCGGAGGCGGCCGUUUCUGCGCAGGAACCCUCGGAGAACACCCAGAAGAUCAGAACGUGGAAGCUGUCGGUGAUCUUCCUGUGCUUCUACGGCUUCAUGACGUCCCUGAAGCCCGGCGAGGCCUUCAUAACCCCCAACCUGCUGAGCUCGGAGAAGAACUUCACCAGAGAGCAGGUGACCAACGAGAUCACGCCGGUGCUGACCUACUCCUACAUGGCCGUGCUGGUGCCGACCUUCCUGCUGACGGACCUGCUGCGCUACAAGCCGGUCCUGAUCCUGCAGGCGCUCAGUCAGGUGGUCAUCUGGCUGAUCAUGCUGCUGGGGGACCAGCUGCUCCACAUGCAGCUCAUGGAGUUCUUCUACGGCAUCACCAUGGCGUGCCGGGUGGCCUACUCCUCCUACAUCUUCUCCCUGGUCAGCCCGGACCUGUACCAGCGCGUGGCGAGCUACUCGCGCUCCUCGGUGCUGUUUGGCGUCUUCACCAGCUCCGUCGUGGGCCAGCUGUGCAUGUCUCUGGGGAACAUCUCCUUCUCCUCCCUCAGCUGCGUCUCCCUGGGCUUCGUCAGCUUCGGCCUGGUCCUCGCCAUGUUCCUGCCCUGGCCCAAGCGCUCCUUGUUCUUCAACCGGACUAAAGAUCCAGAGCGGCUGACGGCGUCUAAGUCAGAACUGGACCAGAUGAAGCCCAAAUGCGAGGCAGCGUCCUCUGCCUCGGCCUGGAGGGAGUCGGUCUUUGUGCAGAUGCUCCUGGAGGUGAGGAACGUGGUGAAGACGCCCAGCAUGAGGCUCUGGUCUCUGUGGUGGGUCUUCAACUCCACAGGAUAUUACCUGGUGCUGUUCUACGUCCACAUCCUGUGGAGCAAGGUCUACCCCGCCACCGAGAACAAGCACGUCUACAACGGGGGAGUGGAGGCCGCGUCUACGCUACUGAGCGCUGUGAUGUCCUUCGCGGCGGGCUUCGUUAAGAUCCGCUGGAAGGUGUGGUCGGAGCUGGUCAUCGGGAUCAUCACGGCGGCGCAGGCGGUUCUGCUCUUCAUCAUGGGAAACACCAGCAACAUCUGGGUCUGCUACGUCUCCUACGUGCUCUUCAGAGGCUUCUACCAGUUCCUGGUGCCCAUCGCCACAUUCCAGAUCGCCUCGUCGCUCACCAAGGAGCUGUGCGCGCUGGUGUUCGGCAUCAACACCUUCCUAGGGACCAUCCUGAAGAGCAUCAUCAACCUGAUCUUCUCAGACAGGAAGGGGCUGGGUCUGGACGUCCACGCUCAGUUCCUGGUCUACUUCAUCUACUUCACGGUCCUCACCGCCGUUUACCUCGUCUGCGCCGUCGUGGUCAUCGUCCGCCACUUCAGAACGCAGUCCAGAGAGGGGGCCGAGCAGCCCACCGAGCUGACCCCCGUUGACGCACCGGCGGAAACAGAACCGCUGUCCGACGGCCCGAACGCCAAAGCCUGAGGACCGGGCUCCGGCGGGUUCUGGUUCUGCUGCUGCUGUCGUUUGAAACGAUGAGCCCACAUCAUGAAAGUGCCUCCUCAGCUGCAGCAGUCCAGUGCCUGUAGGGGAUUAUCAGCAGAGAAGAAGCUCCCAACACUCCUGCUCUCCAUCCACAGCCUCCUGCUGCAGAUUACAGGGAUCGCUAUGCUGGAUUAAAUCAGAUUAUGAGAACUGCGGAUUCUUCAUCAGAUGAAGGUCAAAGGAGGACGGUCAAUCCGCAGCUUCUGAUGGGAUCAAACCUUUGAUUUUAGAGAGUUUCAGACCAGAUCAUGAUAGUCUUAAAAAAUCAAAAUGUGAUGGAUAAUCUUUUCUUCUAACAUGCUGAAAACUCUGUUGAAUGUAAACCAGGAAAUAAAUCAUUUUUAAUAAUUUUAA